AAAUAACAAAACAACUAGCUUUUUCACAACGCCUUGCAGAGCCAUUGCUUCCAACCUCGCCAAAACACCAUUUCAUUCAAUCUCUGAUUCAUUCUGCUCUUGUUUUUGGUUGUCUUGUACUCCGAUGACGCAUGUCAACCAGCUGCCCUGCGACGAAGAUGGCGUGUGCAUGCGCUGCAAAGCCACCCCUGUAGAGGAUGAGUUACUCACCUGCUUCACGUGCGCCAUCUCCUGGCACCUCGCCUGUCUCACGUGUCCCCCGGAGAGUCUAGCUUCCAUGCUGCGAUGGGACUGCCCAGGCUGUACCGGUGAAAAUAACGAUGGCGAAAUGUUUCCGGCUGUUGUCGGUGGUGUUCACUCCGGUGGCCUGGUUGAAGCAAUUAAAGAGAUUGAGAGUGACGCAACACUCUCCGAGCAAGACAAGGCAAGGAAGAGGCAGGAGCUUCUGAGUGGGAAACCGGUGGAAGCUGACAAAAAGGGGAAGCAGAAGGUGGUGGACCUAGACGAUGACCAGGAUGUGCUUGAGAUUCUUGACGACAGCUUGAACUGCUCCGUCUGUCUUCAGUUGUUCGAUAGACCUGUCACGACACCAUGCGGGCACAACUUUUGCCUCAAAUGUUUUCAGAGAUGGUGUGCAAAAGGGAAUCAAAGUUGCGCAAAUUGCCGCCAAGAGAUUCCUAAGAAGAUGAAAAUGGAACCCCCAAUUAAUUCUGCCCUGGUAACGGUCAUUAGAAUGGCAAAAUCAUCAAGGUCGACUGCCUCCAGAGGGCCAGCAAGGUCUUUCCGUGUUGUUCACGAUAACAAUAAACAGGAAAAGGGUUAUACUACAGAGCGGGCAAAGAGGCGCAGGAAGGCUAAUGGUGCUAGUGGCAGGAUAUUUGUUACUGUGCCUAAGGGUCAUUUUGGUCCUAUCCUGCCCGAGAAUGAUCCACAGAGGAAUCAAGGAAUCCUGGUUGGGGAAAUCUGGGAAGAUAGAUUUGAAUGCCGGCUAUGGGGUGUCCACUUUCCUCUUGUUGGUGGAAUUGCAGGUCAGAAUAAAGUUGGUGCACAGUCGGUGGUGCUCUCUGGAGGGUACCAAGAUGACGAUCACGGGGACUGGUUCCUCUACUCGGGAAGCAGUGGAGGCCGUAAUUUGCGAGGGAACAAAGGGACUAGCAAGAAGCAGUCCUUUCAUCAGAAGUUCACUGGAUUGAACCAGGCUCUCCGGGUUAGUUGUAUUGAAGGCUAUCCCAUUCGAGUUGUCAGGUCACACAAGGCAAAACGCUCAUGUUAUGCCCCAGAUGAUAAAGGGCUACGUUAUGAUGGAAUUUACAGAAUUGAGAUGUGCUGGCGAAGGACCGGAGCACAAGGAUUCAAAAUUUGUCAAUAUUUGUUUGUUAGAUGUGACAACAGUCCUGCUCCAUGGACAAGUGAUGAGCGUGGGGAUCGCCCAAGACCUCUGCCAGUCAUUAAAGAGCUGAAGGAAGCAUUUGACACAACAAAGAGAAAGGAAGCUCCCUCAUGGGGUUUUGAUACGGCAGAUGGUAUAUGGAAGUGGCUGAAACCACCUCCAGACGAUAAGGUAAAAUCCGAGAACUCUGGUAAGAGGAAGAGAAGAGCGGCAAGGAAACGAGGGAGACAGACUAUAAGACAGAGACUGCUAAGAGAGUUCAGUUGCCUUAUCUGUCAGCAAGUACUGACCAUGCCAGUCACAACAACCUGCGGUCACAAUUUCUGCAAGACAUGCUUAGAAAAUACAUUUUCCGGAAAGUCACUAAUAACGAGGAGAAGCGCCGCAGGAAGGACUCUUCGGUCAAUAAAAAAUGUCAUGCAUUGUCCUUUUUGUUCUCAAGAUAUUGCCGACUUUCUAAGCAAUAUACAGCUGAAUAGAGAGGUUAUGGACCUGAUUGAGCGUCUAGAAAAGAAGACUGAAAAGAAUGAAGGAGGUUCUGCUCAACAAGUAAGUGAGAAUGAAGAAGCAGAGAAUGAUGAUGAAGUGAGUGAGAAUGAGGAAGCAGAGAAUGAUGAAGAAGAAAGUGAGAAUGAGGAAGGAGAGAAUGAUGAAGAAGCAAGUGAGAAUGAAGAAGCAGAGAAUGAAGCAGAUUUUUCUGAAGAGAGUGAGAAUGAACAAGCAGAUGACACUGAGGAAGCUUCAUCUGUGAACAGUGAUUUUGGUGAUGAAAACUAGUUUAAAUUGCCUGCAAUGUGGAUGUUAGCAUAUGAGAUCAAGUCUGUUAACUAGUUAUGUUAGUUCUUGUGUGGUGGCAGUUGCAAUUAGUUUAUUUUGCUUAGUGGUGUAGCAGUUUAUGUUGGCAGUGUGUAACUUCUUUGUUUUCAACAACGGUCAUGUGUAAGUUUCUAGUUUUUUCCUAGAAACAGUAUGUAUGUUUGAUGCUGUGAUUUUUUAAUAUAUCAUAACACAGUUU